UAUCCUUUUUCACCCACAGAGCCCGCAGCCACACAGCCACAAGAGCAGAGCGCACCAUGUCCCUGGCCGUCGCCGGAGCGCGGGCCUCCCUCCUCCCUACCUCCCCAGCCGCCGCCCCCUCAUCCCGCUUGCUCCUCCACGCGCUCUCCCGUCACCGCCGCCCGUAUGGGUCCCUCACCUCGUCGUCGGCAGCGAGCAGGCGGCGGCUUCGGGUGCGGAUGGCCAGGACGGAGUCCACCGGCGUCGCCAUCGGCUUCCGCGCGCCCCAGUUCGAGCUCCCGGAGCCACUGACCGGGAAGCUCUGGACGUUGGAUGACUUUGUGGGCAACCCUGCACUGCUGGUUAUGUUCAUAUGCAAUCACUGUCCAUUUGUAAAACAUCUGAAAAAGGAUAUUGCAAAGCUCACCUCAUUCUACAUGGAGAAAGGACUUGGUGCCGUCGCCAUAUCCUCGAACUCGAUCAGGACACAUCCCCAGGAUGGCCCAGAACGCAUUGCUGAGGAAGCAAAAUUGUUUAAAUAUCCUUUCCCAUAUCUUUAUGAUGAGUCUCAAGAAGUUGCUAAGGCUUUCGGAGCAGUCUGCACACCAGAGUUUUACUUGUUCAAAAAAGAUGGGCGAAGGCCUUUUGAACUCUUCUACCAUGGACAGUUCGAUGAUUCAAGACCCAGUAACAGUGUGCCAGUAACUGGAAGGGAUUUAAGCCGCGCGAUCGACUGCACGCUUAGUGGCCAAGAAUUGCCAUUUGUGCAAAAGCCAAGUGUUGGCUGCAGCAUCAAAUGGCACCCAUGAAGAGCUCUUAGCGUUGCGCCGUUGGAAAAAAUUAGAAGAUUUUUUUGUUUUUUCACAAAUUAAAGAUGAACAUGUGAUUGAGCGGAGGUGUGCUGGAGGCUGGAGCUGACGUCAAGUUAUUCUAGACUACCCGGUAUCAGAAUUCUGAGGGAGAAAUGCGUGAAUGCACCAUCGACAGUGUUUGUUUGUGUACCAGAGCAAUAGUGUGAAAUAAAGAAGUAUGUAAAUAACAGAAGUGCUCUGUUUGUUUCGUUUAAAACAAAUUAAAAAAGAGAAGUGUUGUGCUUGUAAGAAGUAUCUUUGUCCAAGUGAUAGCACCAAAACGUUGUCCUUACUGUGUUGAUCCAAAAGGCAGUCAGAUUACCCGUUA